AUGGCACAUUCAGUACCUAUUCGCCCAAUGCCCGAGAUUAAUCCCGACGCUGAACUUGGCGCGAGCGUCGCUACACGUUGGAAAUACUUUGCAGACUUUGACAUGUUUCUCCUGGCUAGUGGCGUUACAGAUCCUAAACGACAACGAGCUUUGUUGCCAUACGAAGCUGGCGCAAGAGUGCGCGAAAUCUUUAAACAACUGCCUGUCACUGGCGAAGACAAAGACUAUGAUAUUGCCAAAGCGAAAUUACUUGCCCAUUUCGAACCGCAGAAAAACAGACGCUGCGAGGUGUAUCGAUUUCGAAAGGCUGUGCAAGAACGAAGGGAAAUUCUCGAUCAGUUUCACACACGGCUUCGAAAUUUAGCCCAAACUUGCGCCGUGCCAAAAAAAGACGGAGGAGUGCGUAUUUGUGUUGACAUGCGACAAGCGAAUGAGGCGAUCAAAAGGGUCCGACACCCGAUACCUUCAGUUGAUGACGUAAGAUUUGAACUGAACGGCGCGAAAUAUUUCUCGAAAUUUGACUUAUCCCAGGCGUACCACCAACUCGAACUCGAUCCGAAAAGCCGACAUAUCACCACAUUUAGUACAAACAUCGGGCUAUAUCGCUAUAAACGUUUAAAUUAUGGGACAAACGCUGCCGCCGAGAUUUUCCAAUAUACACUUCAGACACAAUUACAAGGACUCAUCGGAGUCAAGAACAUAGCUGACGAUAUUAUCGUUUAUGGAAGUACUCGCAAGGAACACGAUGAAAAUCUAGACAA